AAAUUAGAAAUUAGAGAGAAACCUUGGACUUAGGAUGUCAUGAGGAAGUAAAAUCUGUGACUGCGACAUAUACAGGGAAAGGGAACAGUGAAAGGGUGAGUGUGUGGAGCUAAAUUAUGUUAAGCUGAGUUUGUGUUUUUGGAUAAAUAACAGGAACUAGGUGCAAGAAUACACAAAAAUCUUAUGAAUCAUCAAAGUUAGCAGACACUGUGAUCAUUUGUCAUUUCCUGGGCGAACCCCAUCAACUGAUUUUAAGGAUGAUAUGUUGGUGUAAUGAGACAUAUGAAUAGCAUGUGGAAGCAAAACUUUCUUCAAAGAAAUCUUUUUAUACACCGGUCAAAACAGAGGAACUCAUCCACUGGGAGCUGAAGGUUUUGAUGUCCUGUGGUCCAGAAGACAGAAUGAUGAAUGUCUCCUGCGAAAAAAUUAACUUUGACUUUGCUCGACAGCUCCUGCCUGCUGUUUACAUCUCAGUGUUCAUCAUUGGCCUGAUAGCUAAUGCCUGGGGACUGAAGUCCUUGCUCCAGAACUGGAACAAACUUAAGAUCAUCAAUGUUUUUGUUCUCAACCUCGGACUUGCAGAUAUUUUGUAUCUGCUCAUGCUCCCAUUUCUUGUUGUGUACCAUUUUUUGAAAAGCAAAUGGAUCUUUGGAGCUGUGUUCUGCAAGAUUACAAGAUUCUUCUUCAACCUGAAUUUAUAUGGCAGCAUUGGAUUCCUCACCUGUAUAAGUGUGUACAGGUACCUGGCCAUUGUUCACCCAAUCAGAGUGAUGGGAAGGAUAUCUGUCACCCACUCUGUGGUCACCACAGUGAUUGUUUGGGUCUUGGUGAGCAUUCAGAGUCUACCAGACAUGUUCUUCGCCAAAUCGUCUGAAAACAAAACUGACAAAUGUUUUGAUACCACCUCUGAUCUCUACGUUGAGGAUUAUCUAACGUACAGCCUUGGAUGGACCGUCACCGGAUUCUGCAUCCCAUUCCUCAUCACUCUGGGCUGCUAUGGACACUUGGCUGUAGUUCUGUGCACCAUCCAGAGAAUUGACAAGGUACAAAAACAAAGAAGUUUGAAGUUAUUGCUCAUUUUGAUCAUACUUCUCUCUGUUUGUUACAUCCCCUAUCACACAUUCAAGAACCUCAACCUCAAAUCAAGAGUUUUAUCGAAGCAGGGCCAGUGCCGUGAAUGGUUUAAUGAAGUCUAUGUUGCUCGUCAGAUUAGCCGUGGCCUUGUGUGUCUGAACAGUGCCCUCAACCCCUUGGUUUACCUCCAUGGAAAUGAAAAUACUCUCCUUCAGCUCAGACAGCUGCUCCAGAGAGCUCGACGGUUUUGUCAUGCGGACAUUGAUCAGCCACAGACAUGUUCCAUUGGUGCAAACUCACCACAGCAUGUGAAGGAAACUGAUGUUUAG